AUGUUCUCGCCAGCGGUCCUUGUGCCUGCUCUCACGCUGGCCUUGGGUUCAUUAGCCAAUGGCCAGAGUAAGGACAGCCUGAGCGUUGGCAAUGGCUUUAUCGACUACGAAGCUGGCCAAAUCAGCGGCCAAAUCGUCCACGACUCCCAGACGCUAGCUUCCCUCAAAACCAGUUCAGGCUUUGAUUUCCUUCCCUACGACUUUCUCUCAAACUUGACGAUCAACGGCGCCCAUCAUCUAGGCGAUGUAACAUUCCGCUUCAAGGUCGCUGGCGCCAGUAAUUGGACCGAAGUCGACUCCGCUGCAAACAGGAGUGCCGUCCAGGGUCUGGACAAUCUUGCACCAGGUGUCAUUGCUGGCGCGGAUCUGGCCUCAACAUUGCCACGCGGUAUACCGUUGAUGGUCACCCGCGAGUGGCUGACCGAGGGCGGAGGUCUUGCUCUCCGUGUGAAUUUGACAAACAAGGCUAACACGACCGUCGAACUCGGAUCACUGGGCCUUCCAGUUGUCAUCAACAACAUCUUCGAGACACGCUCAGCCGAGGAUAUACAGGCGAAGUGCUCACUGGCAGACCCAUACAUCGGACUUGAUGCUGGAUAUGUCCGCUUGUCCCCCGUUAAGGGACUAGGCAACGCACUUGUGGUAGCGCCUCUCGGAAAAAGCCCAUUCGAAGCUUGGAGACUCCUCAGCGAACCUCAGGGAGACUACUGGUACCAGACGCAAACGUACGAAGGAAACUACGAGUGGAUGAUACACUCGCAAGCAUGGGCUGAGAACGAUUGGAAGGGUACCGAACCUUGGAAUAUUCCCACGGCAAAGACACUAAAGCCGGGUGAGACUUACUCCGUCGGACUCAAGUUCGGCGUCGCCGAUAGCAUUCAGACUAUCGAGGAUGCUGUGGUCAACUCCGGCCUUCCUCUCGCUGUCGGUAUUCCUGGAUAUGUCGUACCUACUGAUCUCACCGCACGUCUAUACCUGACACAUUCUUCUUCGGUCAGGUAUAUCGAGAGCCAUGGUUCUUUCACCAUUGACCAAGAUGCCGACGCGAAGGGGGCGCCAUACCUCCUUACCCCUACCACGGGCACCUGGGGAAGAACUAAGAUUACCGUCGUCUACGAGGAUGGCAAGACUCAAACUGUCCACUACUUCAUUACCAAGCCAGCGCCAGAGACACUUUCUGAUUUGGGACACUUCCUCACUACUGCUGCCCACUACACGAAUGAAGCUGACGCUUUCGGAAGAGCCCCUUCUAUCAUGGGCUAUGACCGAGAAGUCAACGCCAUUGUCGAACAGGAUGAGCGAGUUUGGAUUGCAGGUCUCAGCGAUGAAGGCGGUACUGGAGCAUACGUCGCUGCAGCCACAAAGCUUUUUGUUCAACCCGUUGAAAGAGAAGUUGCAGUUCUGGACGAAUUCAUCCACGAGACCAUUCUCGGAACCAUCCAGCCGCCUGACUCGUUUGCUGUACGAGCAAGUGGUUUUUACUAUGAACCCGGUGCAGUCAAUUAUACCUACAACCCCGAGUUCGACUGGACGACUUGGGCCUCCUGGAACAAGGAGAGAGCCUACACCACCGUCCGUGCCUACAAUUACGUCCAUCCCGUGGUUGCGUAUUGGUCCAUGUACCGUGUAGCAAGAGAUUACCCUCAAGUCAAGACUCGGGCCCAAUGGAGCUGGUACUUGAACCAGGCCUAUAAUACUGUCCAGUACUGUCUUGCUGACGGCGCCCCUGAUUGCGACUAUGGUUUGACCGGCUUAAUGGGCGAGACUGUAUUUGCCGAGCUUCUUGAGGAUCUCAAGAGAGAGAACAUGACGCAAGAGGCUGCCGCCUUUGAAGACUCAAUGCGUUUCCGCGCAGAAUUCUGGGACACUCUUGCAGUACCCUUUGGAAGUGAGAUGGCCUGGGACAGCACGGGACAGGAAGGUGUCUACUAUUGGACCAACUACUUCGGUCUCAACAACACAGCAACCAAGGCUAUUGAUAGUGUUACAGCAUACAUGCCAACCGUUGCACACUGGGGCUGGAACGGAAACGCCCGAAGGUACUGGGACUUCAACUACGGCGCCAAGUACGCCGACACCGAGCGCCAGAUCCACCACUAUGGCUCCGGUCUUAACUCGCUUCCCAUGCUACACUACUUCGAGCGGAACCCGACAGACUUUAAUGCCAUCCGUGUCGCGUUCGCGGGCAACACCGCGCCUCUGACCAAUAUCGACGCCGAGGGCUUCCCCUCAGCGGCGUUUCACUCGUUCCCAGAGAAUCUCUUUUGGGACCCGUACACUGGCGACUAUGGUCUUGGGUUCUUGGCUCUUGGCCUUGGUCAGACGUUGUAUGUCGUCAACCACGAGACUUAUGGCGAGGUGGUCUUUGGCGGUAACGUUGUCGCUUCAAACAGUACUGCUGUUGUCGCAGAGCCACGAGAUGCUGUUCGGCGCCGGGUUUUUAUUGCAGACUUGGGUCUCAAAGUCUCGCUCAGUGCUGGAGCUAUCCAGACUGUCACAUAUGACCGUGAGGAACAGACGUUGAAGCUCGCCGUGAGCCCUGCUGCGUCAGAGGCUGCACUGCAGGCUAACUCGACUGUUAUCUGGCUUACAUAUACAACUUUGACAGACGCAAAAUUCGCUGUGCAAGAGGCAGCCGUGUCCAGAGGCGGAUAUAUGGUGGACCUAUCCGCUGGACAAGCACACGUUUUGAUCUCCAAGUCGCAGUAG